CCGCUUUCCAGGGCCGACUUGGCGCGCAAAGACUGCCGGUCCCGAGAGGGAGGGUGUGAAUCCCGGCCGGCCCCCGGGAGGAGGCAGGCGGGGGUCCACACACAGGGCGACGAGAGUUCACCGGCAACGGCGGAAGCGACCAACCCAGUCCCGCUGCGCCUUGCCCCUCUCCUGUGCCCGGAACCUUGGGCGCGCGGAACCUCGGUGGCGGAGCGCAGGCACUGUGGACCCGGAGGGCGAUGGAGCAAGCGCGCGGGCCGGGGGCCGAGGCCGACGAGCCUGAGGAGGAGGAGGAGGAGGCAGAGAAGACGGGGGUUGCGAUGGCGGCCGUCGUGACUGCUGCGGGCCCCGCCGUCCUGCAAGUGGCCGGCCUCUACCGGGGCCUGUGCGCCGUGCGCAGCCGCGGCCUAGGCCUGGGGUUCGUCUCUCCCGCACAGCUGCGCGUGUUCCCGGUGCGCUGCGGUUCGGGUCGGCCCCCCGAGGGCGCAGAUGGUAAAGGGGUAGGGUCGGAGCUCGAGGCCAAUCCCUUCUACGACCGCUACCGGGACAAGAUCCAGCAACUGCGCAGGUCUGACCCAGCUGCUUUUGAGUCCCGCCUGGAGAAGCGCAGUGAGUUUCGGAAGCAGCCAGUGGGGCACUCCAGACAAGGUGAUUUUAUCAAGUGUGUGGAACAGAAGACAGAUACCUUGGGGAAACAGCCUAUGAGCAAAGGAUUCACUAAGGACAAGACUCUAAGUUCAAUCUUUAACAUUGAGAUGGUGAAAGACAAAACUGCAGAAGAAAUAAAACAGAUUUGGCAGCAGUAUUUUGCAGCAAAAGAUACAGUCUACGCAGUUAUUCCUAAAGAGAAGUUUGAUUUGAUUUGGAACCGGGCUCAGUCUUGUCCAACAUUUCUGUGUGCACUGCCUAGAAGGGAAGGUUAUGAGUUCUUUGUAGGACAAUGGACAGGUACUGAACUUCACUUCACUGCACUCAUAAAUAUUCAGACCCGAGGGGAUGCUGCAACCAGCCAACUGAUUUUAUAUCACUAUCCUGAACUUAAGGAAGAAAAGGGCAUAGUGCUGAUGACAGCAGAAAUGGAUUCCACAUUUCUGAAUGUUCCUGAGGCACAAUGCAUUGCCAACCAAGUUCAACUCUUCUAUGCCACGGAUCGGAAAGAGACCUAUGGGUUAGUGGAGACCUUUAACCUCAGGCCAAAUGAGUUCAAAUAUAUGUCUGUCAUUGCUGAAUUGGAGCAGAGUGGACUUGGAGCAGGACUGAAAUGUGCCCAGAACCAGGAUAAGAUAUAGAGGUGUAAGUGUUGGUCCUUCACAAAUUGGCUUAGCCCUGCAUAGUCGAGUCUACCUGCCCCCCUUGAACUCCAGAGGUCAGCAUCUGUAACAAGCAGCCUGUAAUGUGUUGUACUAUGUGUUUAUUGCAAGAAGCAGUUUUGGAGAUGGUCCUAAUACUUGAUAUUCAGAAACAAAGGUACCCAAAUAUUCUGAUAAUUACCUCUCAGCAUACUUGAGGUUUCCUUUUAAGUGUUUCUGGUCAUUUGAGCAAGAAACAGCAGGGAUCUACAGGAUGGUUGGUUGACUUGAUUUUACACAUUGUAGCAGUGCAGUUGCAUUCUGGCCAUUGUGACCUCAGACCUCCCAGGUCUACAUCUUUAUAAAUUUGUAACAGGGUAAUAAUCCCAAAGACCUUCUUAGUGAAAUGUGAGCUUUACAUACUCUUUCCAGGCACCAAUGAGCUGGCCAAAGCAUAAUCCAAAUAUCCUGUUUGACUCUAAAACAAUCAGAUAGUCCCAUCAGGACAAAAACUUCAUCUUGCUGCCCCCCAGAGUUCCUUUAGUGUAGCUGCUUUGGGUGUCACCAUAUUUCAGGUAUAGUUGGGUAAGCAGGUAUAGUACCUGUACAUCGUUAAGCCAUAAUUUGAAGCACCUGCCCUUCUAAUUCUGCCUGUUAGAAGCUGAUGAAUCAGUGCAGUGUAAAUAAAAUGUUUUUGUAAGGAGAUCAUUCCAUAUUUGCAUGAUUUUUUAAACAACUCUUAAGCGUUAUAUGAAAAAGUGGAUGGAAACAAAUGUUCCCAGAUUGAAUGUGGGGAAAAUGUAGCAAUAAAAUAAAGUCUGGCUUACAGUCUUUGUUACACAAAGUAGUGAACUCUAAGCUGUGUGCUGUCCGUAGUGUUGGUGCUAUGGACUGGUUUUAUCAAAACUCAUCUUGGAACUCAGCAAGUUCUUGAAAUGCCAGAAAUAAGAAAGUUGUUCUCUGACCUUAGAAGCCCAUGUGUGGUUUGUAGUGUCACUGUCAUGGCUCCAAGUUCAGUGAUAGAAAGGAUGGUGGUUAUAUAUCAGCCUUCUGAACUUGAGGCCCCAGAUCCCUCCUAGGAUUGUUGUUGACUGUCUGUACUGUGCCUUUUGUUUUC